UUUGGAUACUGCCAAAAAAAAAGAAAACGUGAUACUAAAUUUUCAAUAAUAGCUAUUUGACUUGAAAGUUUGUUUUACCUCCUUCUUCGUCUUUCCCAAGAUGGAUAACUAUGUAAAAGUAGAAAAGAUUGGUGAAGGGACCUAUGGUGUUGUCUACAAAGCAAAACAUAAGUCUUCAGGGCGCAUCGUUGCUAUGAAAAAAAUACGUCUGGAAGAUGAGUCUGAAGGAGUUCCUAGUACAGCUAUUCGGGAAAUUUCGUUACUAAAAGAGGUGAACGAUGAAAGUAAUCGCUCGAAUUGUGUUCGUCUUUUGGACAUCUUGCAUGCUGAAUCCAAACUUUACUUGGUAUUUGAGUUUUUAGAUAUGGAUUUGAAAAAGUAUAUGGACAGGAUAUCAGAAACCGGAGCAUCUGAAUUAGAUCCAAGACUGGUUCAAAAAUUUGCAUACCAAUUAGUGAACGGCGUCAACUUUUGUCAUUCCCGGAGAAUCAUUCAUCGAGAUCUGAAACCUCAGAAUCUGCUAAUCGACAAAGAAGGAAAUCUCAAAUUAGCAGAUUUUGGUCUUGCAAGGUCUUUUGGCGUACCUUUACGCAACUAUACACACGAGAUUGUUACGUUGUGGUACAGAGCACCAGAAGUCCUUCUAGGAUCUCGACAUUACUCUACUGGUGUUGACAUUUGGAGUGUUGGAUGCAUAUUUGCUGAAAUGAUCCGCCGUACUCCACUGUUUCCUGGCGACUCUGAAAUUGAUGAAAUUUUCAAAAUCUUUCAGGUGUUGGGAACUCCAAACGAAGAAGUAUGGCCUGGUGUUACACUUUUACAGGAUUACAAGUCUACCUUUCCUCGUUGGAAGCGCGUGGAUCUUCACAGAGUUAUACCCAACGGUGAAGAAGCAGCGAUUGAGUUACUUUCGGCAAUGCUUGUUUACGAUCCUGCUCAUCGAAUCAGUGCCAAGCGAGCUCUACAACAGCCAUAUUUACGAGAAUAUGGAGAAACUUGUGUGUAAGAAGUGUCUGCUGUACUACCAUUUUCUUAAGCAUUCUUUAUAUAUAUUUAUCAUUAUUACCCGCUAUUAUUAUGCGUAUGCGGAUUUAAGGUUUAUUAUGUAUGGUAACUCAUAUUUAACCCUCAUUUCUUUUCUGGCUUAUGUUUGUUAUCAUGCAGUUGGAGUCAUCUUAUGUUUGGCUGACCACACAGUCCUGUUACUAACACAGGAUGUGUUAAAGGAUUUAUUGCAUUUUCAGACCUUGUAAUAUGUCUCGUACUUGGAUAAACUAGGUCAUACUCAUUUAUUAAGUGGGAUAAAUCGUAUGGCUUUUUCCUUGUACCUCAAUCUUUGUGUCUUUAUCAUUUUCCUCGUUUUUCUUACUAUCGUUUAUAUACCAUCUUUUAUCUUUAGUUAUACGAGUCUAUACUUAAUAUUCAGGGAUGUCUAAAUUCAAUAUACGUCUGUCCUUCCUUUUAUAUUGAUUAGCAAUAAAUCUAUUCUUUUCACCGCUA